AUGCGAAGAAUUUGGGUGCUGUUCUUAUCUGUGGCCCUAGCCUUCGCAGCUGAAACUGAUACUACAAAUCCAGGCCUCUACAGUACCACCGCUCAAGGCGCGAACGUUAACAAUGCUGAUGACGAUGGACAAUACAAGCCAGACAAUAGUGGUGCUUACAAUCCAGGCCUCUACAGUACCACCGCUCAAGGCGCGAACGUGAACAAAGCUGAUGACAGUGGAAAAUAUACGCCAGAUAAUAGUGGUGAUUACAAACCGACGUCAUCUCAGUUCGUCACAACUACACCCCGAUACAAUUUUGCCUCCUCUACCCCAUCUUUUGGAUACAAUCCUUAUCGUUACUACCCUGGUGCAUAUAACAACUACGGAAGAUACGACAACAACGGAAGAUAUGAUAACUUUGGAAGAUACGACAACUUUGGAAGAUACGAUAACUUUGGAAGAUACGACAACUUUGGAAGAUACGACAACCUUGGAAGAUACGACAACUUUGGAAGAUACGACAACUUGGGAAGAUACGACAACUUUGGAAGAUACGACAAUCUUGGAAGAUACGAUAACUCUGGAAGAUACACUGGAAGAUAUUAUCCUGGUGCUUAUAAUGCUGGUCACUACGACAAUUCCGGGCGCUAUGUUCCUCAAUACUCAGGAUUUUAUAACCCAGGCUUCUACAGUACAACCACUCAAGGUUCGAUCUUUAACAAAGCUGAUGACAGUGGACAAUACAAGCCAGAUAAUAGUGGUGCUUACAAUCCAGGCCUCUACAGUACCACCGCUCAAGGCGUGAACGUUAACAAAGCUGAUGAUAGUGGAAAAUACAAGCCAGACAAUAGUGGAGAUUACAACGGAAAUCGUGGUACUGCAGAUGGUGUAUAUAAAACCGAAAAAGCUGAAGCUCUCUCACCAGCAGUGAUUUCUGACACCGCUAGUCCAACUGUUUCCCUUACUAUUGUACCCGAGUCGAGUCCUUCGCCUAGUAUUUUCUUAAACCCUUUACCAAGUGAAGUACAACUUUCAACUCCCUCCGCAGUUCUUAGUCAAUCUCCAAGUGAAGUAACUACUGUAAAUCCCACUGCUGCUUCAAGUUCAACUCCAAGUGAAGUCCCUGUAUCUGAUCCCAGCGAAGCCCCAAUCUCAACUUUAAGUGCAGGCCCGAGCCCUAACACUGAAGUCUAUAGCUCGACCGCAAGCCCUGUAUUUAGUACUUCACCCAGCUUUUCGACUAUUUUUGCCCCCAGUCCUUCUCUUGACUAUGUGUACAAGCCUUUUAAACAAGUUGCUCCAGUCGUAAAUACUUAUAACGACGGUCGUUAUAAUAACAACUUUGGCAUUGUUCGUCAAGAGACUGAGGUUCUUCCUGAUGGCUAUCACUAUCUUUAUGAGACUGAGAAUAAAAUCCAGGCUGAAGAACUUGGUAAGCUAGAGAGGAUUGACAACGAGAGAGAAGGAGUUAGGGCAAAGGGAUUCUACCAAUAUUUGGCUCCUAAUGGUGUCAACUACAGAGUAGACUACACUGCCAAUGAGAAUGGUUAUUACCCUGUUAGCACUCGCUCACCUUAA